AUGUCAUGCUCCAGCGAAACGGCGGUCCAAGUACCACUAUUUGACCUGACUGAAGAAGAAAACCCGUCGCUGGAAACAGCCGAAGAAGGUAGCGAGUGCUCCUCUAGACCAGUUGGCGCGCAUUAUGAGCAGCCUAGCGAUGUGCGCUACAGAGACGCAGUUCAGUCGGCCAUCGCACAUCCUUUAAGACAAGGGUACGGAAAACAAGCAAAAAACUUCGUCGCUGCCGUGUUCUACAACAACGAACUAGUUAUUCCCUACUGGCACGUCUCUCUCAUCAAAGCUAUACAUUAUCUUGGUCCAGACAACGUCUUCGUUUCUAUCGUCGAAACCAGACCUGACUACUUCAGCGGGAGCGAGCGCAUCGAAUUCUUGGCAGCCCGUCGUAACCGCGCACUCGGGCCCCCAAUGGAAGGAGGCUACGAUAAAGUCGUCUUCUCGAAUGACAUAUUUAUCGAGCCCGACAUCUUGGUGGAGUUUUUAGAGACGAAUGAUGGAAACUACGAUGUGGCAUGCGGUCUAGACUUUUAG